AUGUCUGGCGAGUCUAAUUAUCAGUCAUGGACCAAAAACGGUCUUAUCCAAAAAGUCAAGGAACUUGAAGCACAACUCAGAAGUCGACCUGCUCAAGAGCAAAAGACCGAAAAUGUGGUUCAGUUUCAGAAUGAAGAGGCAGGGGAUCCCAAAAAGUCAACGAAACCAAAGGUGAAGAGAAAGAUGGACCCCAGCAAGUACUCGACACGAUAUAUUGCAUUGAAACUUGCAUAUCUCGGCAAGAACUAUGGUGGCUUUGAGUUCCAAGCCAUGGCCAACGCUCCAUCUAUCGAAGAGGAGCUGUGGAAUGCUCUUACAAAAGCAUGCCUCAUCUUUCCAGAAGACGAACGUGUCGUUGACUUUGAGUGCUGCGAGUAUUCAAAGUGUGGUCGCACGGAUAAAGGUGUUAGUGCUUUUGGCCAGGUCAUUGGCCUUCGAGUGCGAAGUGCCAGACCCGUACCCAAAAAGCGAAGACGCGUGAGUGAAGCUGGCGAGGCAAUGGUUGUCGAUGAACAAUCUGGAGAGAACGCAGAAGAAGAGAUGGAAGAUGAUACACCACCUUUUGACCAUAUCAAGGAUGAGCUCCAAUACCCUCGUCUUCUCAACCGUGUUUUACCUCCCGAUAUUCGCAUUCUCGCCUGGUGCCCCUCACCACCACCAGACUUCUCUGCUCGUUUCUCCUGCCGGGAGCGUCAAUACAGAUACUUCUUCACACAGCCCGCCUUCACCCCUGAGCCAAGUGCUGGUGGAGCAAGGAAUGGCUGGCUUGAUAUUGAGGCGAUGCGCGAAGCAGCCAAGCGCUACGAGGGCGAGCAUGAUUUCCGCAACUUCUGCAAGAUCGAUCCUGGCAAGCAGAUCACAAACUUUGUGCGCACCAUCUACGAGGCCGACAUCGAGGAGGUUCGGGAUGUGAGCUCUGCUUUGCCCUAUCUUUCUGGCCCGCAAUUUGCUCCCGCCGAAGGGUUGCCCACUGAUGGCGUCAACUAUCCCAAGGUGUACUGUUUCAAGGUUCGAGGUUCCGCCUUUUUGUGGCACCAGAUUCGACAUAUGGUCGCCGUUCUCUUCCUGGCCGGCCAGCGACUUGAGAAGCCUAAUGUCGUAACAACCAUGCUUGACGUAACAAACAACCCAUGCAAGCCCAACUAUGUGAUGGCCGAUGAAGUGCCCUUGGUGCUUUGGGAUUGUAUCUUUCCUGGUGAAGACAACAUCCCGGCUGAUCCAGCGGCUGAGAAGACUGAUGGUCUCGACUGGGUGUAUUUGGCCGAUGAUCCUGCCCUGAGCAAGUCUGGACCCUUUGGCGUCAUGGAUGGUAUGUGGGCGUAUUGGCGAGAGCGCAAGCUAGAUGAGCUGCUCUCGAACCAGCUCCUGCAAAUGGUCUCGACACAGCGCAGCAAGGAUCCCUCACGCCAGGUCACGCGCCCUGAGCCCACCGGGAAGCAGGCUAACAGCGUAGUUGUCUACGAGGGCGGCAACGUUGGGCGCAUGGGCGGUCGCUAUGUGCCGAUGAUGAAGAAAGAUAAGUUGCAGUCUCCUGAAGAACAAAACGAGCGAUAUGCUAUCAGAAAGGGGUAUGCUAGCUCGGAAGAUAUGAGAACACAAAAGGGAAUGGGAAAGCGAAAGGCAGAUGAGGCCAUGAACGAAUAG